AUGUCUGGACUUCAGGCCGUCAAGUACACCCGGGGUCGACUCGAAGUCUUGGAUCAACUCAGGCUUCCCCACGAAUUUCACUAUGACGAGGUUUCCACCAGCGAAGAGGCUUUCGACUGCAUCAAGUCCAUGAGAGUCCGUGGCGCACCCGCCAUCGCCAUUGUGGCUGCUCUCGCUCACGCUGUUGAACUGCAUAACGGCAGCUGCAAGGCCUCUUCUCCUCAAGACACCGUAUCGUAUAUCGACUCACGCCUGGACUACCUCAAGGAGAGCAGACCGACCGCUGUCGACUUAACCAAUGCCAUCAACCAGCUCAAAACCCGCAUCAGAGGCGCACCCCAAGAUGACGCCGCGUCCAUCAUCGCCGCUUAUAUCGACGAGGCCGAGAGCAUCCUGCGAAAGGACCUCCAGACCAACCUCUCUAUCGGUGACCACGGAGCUCAAUGGCUGAAGGAUGUCGCUGGCGCGUCGCCCGAUUCCAAGAUCUCUAUCCUCACCCAUUGCAACACCGGCUCGCUGGCAACCUCUGGCCACGGGACCGCCCUCGGCAUUAUCAGAACCCUCUGGUCCGGCAACCUCCUUCAGCACGCCUACUGCACCGAGACACGGCCCUACAACCAGGGCAGCAGACUGACAGCCUUUGAGCUCGUCUACGAGAAGAUCCCCAGCACCCUCGUGACAGACUCUAUGGCGGCCGCGCUCUUCAACCUGCAAAAGGAGAAGAUGAACAUUGCCGCCGUCAUCGUCGGCGCCGACCGCGUCGUCCGCAACGGCGACACCGCCAACAAGAUCGGAACUUACCAGCUCGCUGUCCUGGCCAAGCACCACGGCGUCAAGUUCAUUGUUGCCGCUCCCACCACCAGCAUCGACCUCGAGACUGAGACCGGCGCUGGCAUCAAGAUCGAGGAGCGCAGGCGCGAGGAGUUGACCCAGAUUUCCGGCGCGGUCGUUCAGGCCGACGGCGGUGUCAACGUCAAGCAAACAGCUCGCGUCGCGACAGCCGACCAGCGCAUCAACGUCUGGAACCCUGCCUUCGACGUGACACCGCACGACCUGAUCGAUGCCGUCGUUACGGAAAAGGGCGCCGUCGUCAAGAACGCCGAGGGACGCUUCGACUUUCGUCACAUCAUGCCAGAGAGAUGGGCCAGGGUGGUUGGCCAGUAA